AGUAUGGAUCCAAAAAUCAUUCAUGUUGAAAAACUAUGCAAAGAUAUCACUUUAACAUUCAAUAACACACACCUUCUAAUACAAGGAGAUACAGACCCCUAUUUUAAGCACAAGAGAGCAAGAUCAUCACGAUCCUGUAUACCAACCAAUACUACUACACCUGUUCAAGUAGUGUCUAUAUCUUAUCUUCAUAUUCUACAUGCCAUGUAUCAUCAUCAAACCAAUAUGAUUCAAAUUGCUACUUUAGUCUCAGAACCAUUCUUUAUUUAUAAAUUUAUGUAUACUGUCAAGGACAAUGAACAACAAAAAGCCAUUGAUUAUUGUCAGUACAUUAUGGACUGUGUUUAUCGAGACUCAAUUGCAGAAAAGAAACUGUUGGUUUUGAUCCAUCCAUUCAGUGGCCAAAAAAGAGCCAAAGCUAUAUUCCAAGAGAGUGUGAGACCAUUGUUGGAGGCAGCUAAAUGUACACUCGAAAUACAAUACACAGAACAUCAAAAUCAUGCGUUUGAUAUUGCUAAAAACAAAAGAGACUUGGAACAAUGGGAUGCUAUUGUCACUGUGAGUGGAGAUGGUUUGAUUCAUGAAGUGAUCAAUGGACUCCUUCAAAGAACAGAUCACGUGAUUCAGAAAAUAGCAUUGGCUGUCAUUCCUGCUGGUACAACGAAUGCGUUAUCUAUCUCUAUGCAUGGCUCUAAAAAGGGAUUUGAUCCAAUCCACUGUGCACUCCAGAUCAUUAAAGGUCGUCCUUUAGCUUUAGAUAUAUGCUCCGUAACUUAUGAUGAUCAUCAUUAUUAUUAUUCAUUUCUUUUUCAAUAUUUUGGUAUGGCUGGUUUAAGAACAGACUAUUUAAGAUGGAUGGGUGACUAUCGUUUAGUAGUGGGUUUAUUGCAAGGCAUCUUGUCUAAUACAUCGUAUGAGAUGGAAGCAUCUUUAUGGGUGAUUGAAUCUGAUAAGACAAAGAUAAAAGCAUCUUAUCAGAUGAGCCAUGUAGCUGAAUGGCAUAGUCUGAAACCCAAGCAAGAUGCACUACCUUGUCUCACUGAACCUGUGCCUGAACAUUGGGUGACUAUCAAGGACAGUAUUUGUAUCUUUUUGGCGAGUAAAGUGCCCUUAUUGAGCCGUGGUAUUUUAUCGCAUCCUUGUGCUAUACCCAAUGAUGGUCUAUUGGACUUGAUCAUUGUACGUGCUAAACAAAGCAUGUGGAAACAAUUGAGUGCUCUAAAUCAUGUGAAUAAAGGCAAGCAUAUGGAUUUAGACCAUGUGGAAUACUACAAAAUCAAAGCGUUUCGAUUGACACCUAAAAUCAAGCCUGGUCAAGAUGCCUAUGUUGCUAUUGAUGGUCAACAUAUACCAUUAAAGCCAUUCCAAGUACAAGUGCACCCUUGUUUAGUAUCUGUAUUGAGUUUAAAUCCAACUUUUACACCUUAUGAAUAAAGCACUUGAGCUAUAAACUUUGA